AUGGAGCAUAUGCCUGGAGGCUGGAUACCGCAUGAUCGAAGAGACCAACAAACUAGGAGUCCUCCCUUGUCUAAUCCGAUAAAUCCCACUCCUGCUGCAACUUCAAGACCCUCAACCGAAUCCUUAAACUUGCCACCACGGACAUCUUCCACUUCAUAUUCAUUUGACUCCAGUGCUCUACGGCAGAGGAGGGUACAGCGUGAAACUAUCAAUAGGCCGUCAACCUCCUGGUUAUGGGGCAACUCUUCCACAUCAACAUCAGGUGUUUCGCCAAAGAAACCCACUGCAAGCACUAGCAGCAGCAGUAGCAGUAGUGGCAGUAGUAGAGCUCCUGCUGAAGAUGACGAACCCCCAUUUUGUUGCAAUAUCUGUUUAGACACUGCGUCCGACGCUGUUGUCACUAUGUGCGGACACUUAUAUUGUUGGCAAUGCAUUCAUAAAUGGUUUACAAGUGGAAAUCCUGCGGCUGCAACAUGCCCCGUAUGCAAGUCUAUUGCUUCAAAGGAAAAGUGCAUACCAAUAUAUGCCCAUGGACGAGAAUCUAAAGAUCCUCGCACAGGUGAUGUGCCUGAUCGACCUAGUGGUGUAAGGGAAGAAGCUCCACAACGCAGGAGAAAUGGUGAUAGCAUAUUUGGAAACGCUAGAGUCUCGUUCGGCCCCUUCCCUGGGAUGUUUGGAUUUCAAUUCGAUAUGGGAGGACCACCUAUGGGACAACAGCAGCAACAAACUCCAGCGGAACAACAACAGUUUAUGGCAAAGAUCUUCUUUGUCGCUCUUUUUGUUUUGAUAUGGGCUUGGAUGUUGCCUUGA